AUGGGUGCGCCAGCGGCGACAGAGCCGCCAUCGGUCACGCUAUCAUUUGCCAACAACUUCUGGGGCAAAGAUGACGCCGGCGUCUCUCCCAUGCUCGAGCGCAUGCAUAAUGCCAAAGUCACCUCGGAUGAGCUCAAGUCGUUCUACGCUGCGCGGGCCGCCAUCGAAGACGAAUACUCUCGCAAGCUCUUAAACCUCGCGCGGAAGCCUCUCGGAUCGUCAGAAUCCGGCACAUUGCGCAUGUCGUUCGAUGUGAUCCGGGGCGAAGUAGAGUCAAUGGGCAAGGCACACCAGAGCGUCGCACAGCAGAUGAAGACUGAGCUGGAAGAACCACUCCAAGCAUUCGCUGGUGGCAUGAAAGAGCGAAGGAAGAUUGUGCAGAAUGGCAUCGAAAAGCUGCUCAAAAUGAAGAUGCAGCAGACGGCCACAGUGAACAAGGCUCGCGACCGAUACGAGAACGACUGCCUCAAGAUCAAAGGUUUUCUCGCACAAGCACACAUGGUCAUGGGCCAAGAAGAGCGCAAGAAUAAAGCAAAGCUGGAGAAGACUCAGAUACAGCUCUCGGACACGGAGCGAGACUAUGAGGCUGCUGUUAAGAUCCUCGAGGAGACAACCGGCCGAUGGAACAGGGAUUGGAAAGGAGCCUGUGAUAAAUUCCAAGAUCUGGAAGAGGAGCGCAUCGAUUAUACCAAGAGCAGCCUUUGGAACUUUGCUAACAUUGCUUCCACCGUAUGUGUGAGUGAUGAUGCCGCGUGCGAGAAGAUAAGACUCUCGCUCGAGGAUUGCGACGUUGAAAAGGACAUUACAAACUUCAUCUCAGGCAGUGGAACCGGCCAGGAAAUACCUGAUCCACCCAAAUUCAUCAACUUUGCCCGAGGUGAUGCCGACACAGCUUCGCAAACCUCUGAAGACGAGAAUUUUUCCGUAGCUCAGUUCGCUAGGACCAUGAAUCCUGCAUACCGAGCAUCGUCGCCAGCGCCGUCGAGUUUUGACUCGCAUAAUGACCCAAACAAUCCACUUGCUCGCGAGUUGCUCGGAAACAACACCAAGCCGAUACCACAGGACCAGAUCAAUGUCCUGCCACAGCAAGCGCAGCCCGCCCGGCCAGCUGCUACGUCAAGAGCCUCGCAUCAUUCUGAGAGAUCGGCUCGAGCACCACAACCGGACCCUCGACUGAUCCAAGCCCAGCAACAGGCGCACCAGCAAUACCAGCAGAGCAAGAUCCCUCAUAAUGACUUUCCACAAGACGGCAUGACUCAAUUUUGCCGUGUCGGAGCACCCUCAGACCAAAGUCCAAUGCCGAGCCCCGUUCGCCCUUCGAGUAGAGAUUCUCAGAGCGAAUAUUCCAACCCCACAUCGUUUUCGAGCAUUGAACCUCCAAGCGGAUCCGCAUCGCCAGGGAAACCUAUGUUCGAGUCACCUCAGCCGCCAGAGGAAAUGUCGGUGCAGCAGAAGAAGGGGUUCUUUUCAAAGAACCCGUUCGCUCGAAGACAGAGCAAGCCAGAUCUCAACAUUGGCAACAAUGUUUUUGAUGUAGCGUCUCCUGAUGGAAAGAAGGAGCAGAAGCCGAGUGACCCACAAGAAGAGCUGGACCCCAUUGCCCAGGCACUUGCUGAGCUCAAGGGUGUUACGAAGCAGACUUCUCUUCGCGUGUCUGCGGACCGCUAUCACGGCCUCGCCACACCACAGCCACCAAGCACACCUGCGGUAGGAGCCAAUCUCCCAGGAGGAGCACCUACGCCAUUAGCAAAUGCCAGUCUGAAUGCCGCCAAACGAGGCACACCACCACCAUCGUACGAUGCCCCGCCAAUGUCUCGCCUCGGUGCUCCAAAGCCAGCGCAUACGGCAAGGCAGAUGCAAAAGACGACAGAGAUCAACAACCACCAUCGUCUCCCGCUGCGUACCGCGCAGCCUCACCCAACCCUUACGCAGGCGGCCGACCUCGCGCCCAAACCGCCUCGCAAACCCAAGCGCCGAGCCCCUACGGCAACCCCACUGGACGAGGUUCCUAUUCUCGACAAGGCGGUGGUUCUUCUGGAAUGCCACGCGCGACAUCCCCCCCAGCCACCCCAGCCGCAGUAUGCACAGAGCCGUCCCGGCUCCCGCGCUGCACCCACACAAUCCUCUCCCCAACCCGCCUACGCCAACGCUAGGCCCACCUCGCGAGCAGCACCUACUUCCAGAGCUGCAAGUCCGAACCCGCAGUUCCGCCAGAGCUACGAUCGCCCUUCCAGCUCGCGCGGAAGCGAUAUGGCGUUGCAACUUGCGCCUAGUCCCGGGAGCGAGCGCGGCGACGGCAGCGUGUACGGCGGAAGUGUUCGAGGAAGAAGCGGAACGGGUGGUCAGAGACCGCAGAGUAGCUACUAUAGCGGCGGUGGGGCGUCGGACCUACACCAUAGCCCGAGCACAAUGAGUAGUCGUGUCAGAAGUAAGAGUGUUGCGGAGCCGAGACAGUAUACUAGAGACGGACGGAUGAUUCUGCAUUACUCGAGAGCGAUGUACAUGUAUGCUGCGCAAAUACCUGAGGAGCUUACCUUUGCGAAGGGAGACAUCCUUGCUGUGCUGAGGCUACAGGAUGACGGGUGGUGGGAGGCGGAGGUUGUUGGCAAGGAUGGCAGGCGCGGUCUUGUUCCGAGUAAUUAUUUGCAGAACUGCUAG